AUGUCUAGGGCAAAGAGAAUUAUGAAAGAAAUUCAAGCUGUAAAGGAUGAUCCCGCAGCCCACAUCACUCUUGAAUUUGUGAGCGAAUCCGAUAUCCAUCAUUUAAAGGGUACCUUUUUGGGCCCACCUGGGACACCUUAUGAGGGUGGUAAAUUUGUUGUGGAUAUUGAAGUCCCUAUGGAGUAUCCAUUCAAGCCACCCAAGAUGCAGUUUGACACAAAAGUAUACCAUCCAAAUAUAUCAUCGGUGACCGGCGCUAUUUGCUUGGAUAUUCUGAAGAAUGCAUGGUCUCCUGUGAUAACUCUAAAGUCUGCAUUGAUUUCGCUACAGGCGCUGUUACAAUCCCCAGAACCUAACGAUCCUCAAGAUGCAGAGGUCGCACAGCAUUAUCUACGGGACAGAGAAUCCUUUAAUAAAACUGCUGCAUUAUGGACAAGACUAUACGCUAGUGAGAGUAUCAAUGGCCAAAAAAGUAGUGUGGAGGAGUCCGAUUUGUAUGGGAUUGAUCACGACCUUAUUGAAGAGUUCGAAUCACAAGGUUUUGAUAAGGCCAAAAUCGUCGAGGUCUUAAGAAGACUGGGCGUCAAAUCUCUGGAUCCUAACGAUAACAACACAGCGAAUCGCAUCAUCGAAGAACUGUUGAAGUGA